CAGGUUCCUGAGGCUGCGCGGCGUGCGCGUGCGGGGAGGGUCCGGGCCAGGCGCUAGUAGUCUUUUCGUCUUCCUUUCCUUUUUCUUCCUUCCCUUAGCCGCCUAUCCCUUACUUUCUGCUGCCGACCCUGCCAUUUGCACAUCCCCAGCUAUCCCAAUUGCUUCGGCCCCAGGGGAACAGCGGGAGCUCGUGCUCUGGGGAGCAUCUGGGCAAAGGCGGUGGCGGCGGAGGCGCGGGCGGGGCGGGGUCGGGCGGGGUCGGGCCGGCGGAAGGGGUAGCACUCUAGCCCGAGGCUGUGCAGGCCCAGCUGCGGGCUUGUCGGCCAGUCCCGUAUUCCCAAGGUUGUGGGACUGAAGAAGGAUGUAGAAGAGAGGAAGAAGGAGGAGAGAUGAGUAAACAGAAGAGAGGCUGAAAGAUUUACCCAAAGACAUAGCUGAUGAGGAAACAGGAUCAGAGAGGUUAAAAGAGUUACCCAAAGACACACAGCUGAUGAGUCGCCUGGUAUGGAGAGUGAUAGCAGCCCGUGGGGUCCUGCCUUGGUGUUUUCAGCGUUGGGCUUCUGGCUCUUCUGUUAGCCAACAGUUCUGUGAAGCGGAGGCAUCUUCAGUGGGACUUAGAGAUGAGUGCCAAAAGAGAGAGAAUGCAUUGCAUAUUCAGAUGCUGUCUAGAGGGCUUCAUGAGCAGAUCUUUGGGCAACCAGAGAUGCAGCCUUCUGAGGAAGCCAUACAGCAGAGUGUGGAACAUCUGCAGAAGCAUGGGCUGUGGGGCCAGGAAACUUCUGCUCUUCCUGAUGUAGAGCUGCAGCUACCUCGUCUUUAUGGGGAAGACUUGGAUGAACACUUCCGCAUCCUAGCCCAGAAGCAAAGCCUGCCUUACCUAGAGGCUGCUCAUGAGCUGCUCCAGGCUGAAUUGCCCCCUCUACCCAACAAAUGGGCCUGGAAGGAAGGCUGGACUAGAUAUGAGCCUGAUGGGAAGGGACAACAGGUGGAAUUCCCUGAGGAGCGGGCCUUGGUAUUUGAUGUGGAGGUCUGCAUAGCAGAGGGCAGCUGCCCAACCUUGGCUGUGGCUGUAUCACCAAAUUCCUGGUAUUCAUGGUGUAGCCGAAGGCUUUUAGAGGAACGCUACUCCUGGGCCAGAAGCCUCUACCUAUCUGACCUCAUUCCUUUGGAGACCCCUGCUGGUAUUAGUGGCCCAGCCAAGCAGGAUUGGUCAGAACGUUUGAUUGUAGGGCACAAUGUUUGCUUUGAUCGUGCCUUCAUAAAGGAGCAGUACUUGAUUCAGGGCUCUCGAAUGCGCUUCUUGGACACUUUGAGUAUGCACAUGGCCAUCUCUGGCCUGAGCAGCUUCCAGCGCAGCCUUUGGAUAGCAGCCAAGCAGGGGAAGCAGAAAGGCUCUCAGAUGGUCCAAAAGCAUAUCAAGAAAACCCAAAGUAAAGCCAAGGGUCCAUUGAUCUAUGCUUGGGACUGGUUGGACAUCAGCAGCAUCAACAACCUGGCAGAUGUACACAGUCUGUAUGUUGGGGGUCCACCUCUGGAGAAAGAAGCCAGGGAACUGUUUGUUAAAGGGACUAUGAAGGAUAUCAGGGAGAACUUUCAGGAUCUGAUGCAGUACUGUGCUUUGGAUGUGCAGGCUACUUAUGAAGUUUUUCAGGAACAGUUGCCACUCUUCAUGGAGAGGUGUCCUCACCCUGUCACACUAGCUGGGAUGCUGGAGAUGGGGGUGUCUUAUCUUCCUGUCAACCAGAACUGGGAGCGCUACCUAGUAGAGGCACAGAGUACCUAUGAGGAGUUGCAAAGGGAGAUGAAGAAGUCUCUGAUGGACCUUGCCAAUGAUGCCUGUCAUCUAGUGUCUGGGGACAGGUAUAAAGAUAACCCCUGGCUUUGGGACCUGGAGUGGGACCUACAAGAGUUUAAGCUGAAGAAGAAAAAGAUUCGGAAAAAUGAUCAAAAUAUAUCCUGCAGGUCUCCAGCUAAGGCUAAAAAUUCCUCAGAGAUGGAAUGGCAAGAAGAUCCUGGUCCUCCUAUUGAAGAGGAAGAGCUGCAGAGUGAUUCUGCCAUCAGAACUCGAAUGGAGGAGUUGAAAGAGACAGCGAUAUUGUUACCCAAGAGGUGUCAGCACUUGCCAGGACAUCCAGGGUGGUAUCGGAAACUCUGUCCUCGACUGAAUGAUCCUGACUGGAUACCAGGUCCCAGUCUUAUCAGUUUGCAGAUGCGAGUGACUCCAAAGCUCAUGAUGUUAACAUGGGAUGGCUUCCCUGUACACUAUUCAGAGAAGCAUGGCUGGGGUUACUUGGUACCUGGGCGGCAAGAUAACCUAUUAGUAGAUUCCUCAGAGACAGAUGUGGCUGCUUGUCCCUACAGAGCCAUUGAAGCCCUAUAUCAGAAAUACUGCCAGGAGACAGGGAAGGAACAACUAGUGUUCCAGCCAUUGCCAGAGGAAUUCAUGCUCACUGACAGCACAGUGUGGCAAACGGUAGAGGAGCUGAGCCGCUUGGAACCCGAUGCUGAUUUUGAAACUGAUAGAGCAACACAGGAGGAGACUAAUAGUUUGCAGCUUAGUCAGCCAGCUUAUCAUCAUGGCAAUGGACCUUACAAUGAUGUGAACAUUCCUGGCUGCUGGUUUUUCAAGCUGCCACACAAGGAUGGCAAUAAUUAUAAUGUGGGAAGCCCCUUUGCCAAGGAUUUCCUGCCAAAGAUGGAGGAUGGUACACUGCAGGCUGGUCCAGGGGGUGCCAGUGGCCCGAGGGCUCUCGAAAUCAACAAGAUGGUCUCUUUCUGGAGGAAUGCUCACAAGCGCAUCAGUUCCCAGAUGGUCGUGUGGCUGCAGAAAGGAGAGCUGCCUCGAACAGUGAUUCGGCACAAAGAUUAUGAUGAGGAGUGCUACUAUGGGGCCAUUCUACCACAGGUGGUGACAGCUGGCACCAUCACUCGAAGAGCAGUAGAGCCUACCUGGCUUACAGCAAGCAAUGCCAGGGUGGACCGAGUAGGUAGUGAGCUGAAAGCCAUGGUACAGGCCCCACCUGGCUACGUUCUAGUUGGGGCUGACGUGGACUCCCAGGAGCUGUGGAUUGCUGCUGUACUUGGAGAUGCCCACUUUGCCAGGAUUCAUGGUAGUACUGCCUUUGGUUGGAUGACCCUUCAGGGAAAGAAGAGUAGUGGGACUGACCUGCACAGUAAGACAGCUUCCACGGUAGGCAUUAGUCGAGAGCAUGCUAAGAUCUUCAACUAUGGCCGUAUUUAUGGGGCUGGUCAGCCCUUUGCUGAGCGACUGCUGAUGCAAUUCAACCAUCGCCUGACACCACAGCAAGCCAAAGAAAAAGCUCAGCAGAUGUAUGCUGUUACCAAAGGUCUUCGCCGGUAUCAACUGUCAAAGGAUGGCGAGUGGCUAGUCAAGGAACUGGGGAUUCAAGUGGACAGGAAAGAAGACGGUUGGGUUUCCCUUCAAGACCUAAGGAAGAUCCAGAAAGCAGCUUCCAGGAUGUCUUAUAGAAAAAAAUGGAAUUUAGUAGCUGAUCGAGCCUGGGCAGGAGGGACAGAGUCAGAAAUGUUCAAUAAAUUGGAGAGCAUCGCCAUGUCCGAUGCCCCUAGGACUCCUGUGCUGGGCUGCCAGAUUUCUCGUGCCCUGGAGCCUGCAGUGGUCCAAGGGGAGUUUGUGACCAGCCGAGUGAACUGGGUGGUACAGAGUUCAGCUGUGGAUUACCUGCAUCUCAUGCUGGUGGCCAUGAAGUGGCUGUUUGAAGAAUUUGACAUCAGUGGCCGUUUUUGUAUCAGCAUUCACGACGAGGUCCGCUACCUGGUUACAGAAAAAGAUCGUUACCGUGCAGCCCUUGCCUUGCAGAUCACAAACCUUUUGACAAGAUGCAUGUUUGCCUAUAAACUAGGUCUGAAUGAUCUGCCCCAGUCUGUGGCGUUUUUCAGUGCAGUUGAUAUUGACCGAUGCUUGAGGAAGGAAGUGACGAUGGAUUGUAAGACGCCUUCCAACCCAACUGGACUAGAAAGGAGAUAUGGGAUCCCCCAAGGUGAGUGCAUGGUGUCCUCCCAUUUCUACCUAAAGAAUGCAGAUAUUACAGCUGAAUUAAGUUUAGGAGGUUUUUUCAAUAAAAAAAAUAAUUAAAAAAAAUGAAAUAUGAUUCAUUCUGCCAAAUGAAACCAUAUUUGGAUAGAACCUUGCUGUUUUGGGGAACUAACAUUCUUAGCCACUCUGCUGUCCUAUUUUUAAUCAUUCCUGAGUCACAAGACAAGUCCCUCUAACUAACUGUAAUUGUCUUUUAGGUGAAGCACUGGAUAUUUAUCAAAUAAUUAAACUCACCAAAGGCUCCUUGGAGAAAAGAAGCUAAGCCUGGAACAUGCCAUGACCUGAAGGCAUCUCAUUUGUUCCUGUGGAACAUUAACACUGAUGAAGGUUCCUACCUACCUUCUCCCUGUCUGAAACAGGGCUUGUGUUAGUCAUUUGUCCAAAAGAAGGAGGAAAAAAAAAGAAAUUAUUUAUUAUAGAUAAAUAUUUAUGUGCUGCUAUAUAAGGCAUUCCAUUAUGCCAAGAAGAGUAGAGUUCAUUUUGGUGGGUUCAGAACCACAGUGCUGUGGCCACAGUCUGAAGGCCAAAAAGGAAUAAGGCAUUAUAGGUCCUAGAGCGAUCAGAAGUCACACGGUAGCCUCAGGGAUUUCAUUUUUUUUUCCUCUUCUUCUUGGCUGGCUCUUGACUGUCUUUUCUCGGCUCAGAUGCAGCAGUCUGGAAGGAGAGAGAAAUGAUGUUCAAUAAAAUUAUGAAAUGGAAACUUUUAUCAAA